GGAUAUUGAGUCUUAAUGGGCCUAAAGAAGAGGGUAUGACGGGUUCAGUGGACAUAACUUGACCCGACCGAGCCGACCCGGGUGAGAGGUUAGCCCACCACGCAACGUCCGUCGGGGAAGAUACCACGCGACGGAAACGACGAACACUAAACGCGGAAAACGUCUAUCAAAUCUCUCAGAUCGGUUUCGGAACCACAUAUAACAAUGUCGGCGGUGCUCACAGCCGGCGGAGGCUUAACUGCCGGAGAUCGCAGCAUUAUUACGGCGAUUAACACCGGCGCUUCCAGUCUCUCGUUCGUCGGCUCAGCCUUCAUCGUUCUCUGCUAUUGCCUCUUCAAAGAACUUCGAAAGUUCUCUUUCAAGCUCGUCUUCUACCUUGCUCUCUCUGAUAUGCUUUGCAGCUUCUUCCUAAUCGUUGGAGAUCCUUCGAAGGGGUUCAUUUGUUAUGCACAAGGCUACACUACUCAUUUCUUCUGUGUAGCUUCGUUCUUGUGGACAACCACAAUUGCUUUCACGCUUCAUCGUACUGUGGUCAAGCAUAAAACUGAUGUGGAGGAUUUGGAAGCUAUGUUUCAUUUGUAUGUUUGGGGAACUUCCUUGGUAGUGACUGUCAUACGUUCUUUUGGUAAUAACCAUUCCCAUAUGGGGCCGUGGUGCUGGACACAAACUGGACUUAAAGGAAAGGCUGUUCAUUUCUUAACAUUUUACGCUCCUCUUUGGGGAGCCAUUCUCUACAAUGGGUUUACAUACUUCCAAGUGAUACGGAUGCUCAGAAAUGCUAGACGUAUGGCAGUUGGAAUGUCAGACCGAGUCGAUCAAUUCGAUAAUAGAGCAGAGCUAAAGGUGUUGAACCGAUGGGGAUACUAUCCACUCAUUCUAAUAGGAUCAUGGGCAUUCGGCACUAUUAACCGUAUUCAUGAUUUCAUCGAGCCAGGCCAUAAGAUCUUCUGGCUCUCAGUUCUGGACGUUGGGACAGCUGCACUAAUGGGCUUGUUCAAUUCAAUAGCCUAUGGUUUCAACAGCUCAGUGCGCCGAGCAAUCCAUGAAAGACUAGAACUAUUUUUGCCGGAACGGCUAUAUCGAUGGCUUCCUAGCAAUUUCAGACCUAAAAACCAUCUGAUUCUACAUCAGCAACAACAACAGCGAAGUGAAAUGGUCUCACUCAAGACCGAGGACCAGCAAUGACACUAACUUUUCAAAGAUGUAUUUCAUGGACCAAUAACAAGAAAGCGUCGUAUGAUAAUAGCAUUUGGAUGGAGACUGAUAUGGUGAAGGAGGAUGCACAACAGGUCGUCAAUGUGUAUAGGAAUCAUUCUUUGGGAACACGAACUUGACAAUCUUUAUUUUUUUGUAUGAAAAAUCAUUGUGAGGUCUUUUGAUCUUGAUUUGAAGUUACUGAACUUGCAUGAAAAUGUUGGAGAGUUUAGUUACAAAGAUCUUAUCCACAACAAGCAUAUACACAUGAGAAUACAAGGCAUGUACACGUUACAUCAUCUCCACAGCUAAUGCAUUUACUUACAACAA